AUGGCGCUGAUUAUCGUAUCAGGUCUAGCCAGCUCUGGCCGCUCGACCUGUUCUGCGCUCAUCAAAGAGGAACUGGAGCGCCGCAUCAAGGACUCAGGAGCUGGAUCGUCCUCGCCCGCACAAGUUCAAGCACCGAACAGGGUGGUCAUCGUCUCGGAUCAUGACGUUCACAUCACACGCUCGGCUUAUGCAUCACAGCGCACUGAGAAGCCUGCACGAGCAUCUUACCUCUCUGCUGUUACACGUGCAUUGGGCAAAGAUACUCUUGUCAUUGCCGAUGGUGGAGCUGGGCUGAACAUCAAGGGCUUCCGGUACCAGCUCUGGUGUGCUGCACGAGAAGUCGGCGUGCGCUGUCUAUCUAUCCACGUCCAUGCACCGCCUCAAGUCUGCAGAUACUGGAACGGCAAACGAAGGAUAGAACAAAGUGAAGAGGCGAGCUAUGAUGAUGAGACGCUCGACAGCCUCCUCAUGCGUUUCGAAGAGCCCAACGCGAUGACACGGUGGGAUUCGCCGCUCAUCAUUGUUCCGACCAUCCUGAACACGCCCACAGAUCAAGAUCAAGACGCGAGCUCGUCCCUGAUAAAUGACAACUGCAUCAGCGUCGAGCCAAUUCCCUUCGACGAUAUCUGGGACGCAGCUACCAAGGGCUCGAUUAAUAAGGCGCCAGAAGUGGUCGCUCCGACACGUUCGACCACGGCCAACUAUCUCUCAAUCCUCGAAUCCUCCACCCAGACCGUCGUCUCGUGCAUUUUACAACAUCAAUCAUCGCUCGGUUUGCAACCAGGCGCGGAUAUCCCGAUAACCCAUCCAAGCUUGACAGGGGGCCCUUCCCUCGCGUUCUCACUGCCAGCUGACAAGCCAGUGACCAUGGCUUCAUUACAGCGGAUCCGACGUCAAUUUGUCCGCAUGCACAGCUCUGGUUCUGCUCAGAUCAACGAACUUGGAUCUGCCGCCAGGUCCGAAGGUGUGCACUUUUCUCUCACUUCCCAGGUAGCGCUGAACGGCUCAAAGUCGGCGGCGUUCAAUGCGGCUCAGCCGGCCUCGACUGAAUAUGCCAUCGCCAAGCGCUUCCUCGCCUUCCUCGAGGGUGCGCUAUAA